GCUGUGAGAACACCGAAGAGCAACAAGUCUCUCUCAUCUCAUCUCGUGCAAGCAAGACACAGCGCAGCGUGGGUUUUGGUUAAGACUUAAGGCCUUUCCUCUUCGUUUACUCUUUGAAUGCUCUUUGUCUCCUAAACAUCAAACCCUUACAGCUGUCCUAUAUUUUCAUCAAUUAUAUUAUUAUUCACAUCUCUAUACACUAUUGACUUCAACAAUUUAAUUUUUCUUUUAUAAAGAUAAAUAUAAUUAUAUAUAGCAUGCAGAUGCAGAUGCAGAGCAGAGGGAAAUGAAAGGGUCAGAGUUCAAGAGAGAGAGUUUGAUUCUUUCUUCUUAGAUAAAAAAAAAAAUUAUAAUUAUAUAUAAUUCUUUUAUCAUAUAGUAUAUUAUUAAAAAAAAUUAAAUAAAAAAAAAAUUCACUACACUUACCACCACAUUGGAAUUCUACAUAAACCCAGCUAAGAUUGAGCUAUACUUGCUCUCCUUCUCUCUCUCUCUCUUUCUCUCUCUCUCAAGAACUUGAAGAAUUGAAUUUGAAGAUUCAAGAAAUGGCAGACGCACUCACUGAGGAACAGAUUGUUGAGUUUAAAGAAGCCUUCUGUCUGUUCGACAAGGAUGGAGAUGGAUGCAUUACUGUGGAGGAAUUGGCGACGGUGAUUAAGUCUUUGGAUCAAAAUCCGACUGAAGAAGAACUCCAGGACAUGAUUAGUGAAGUGGAUGCUGAUGGAAAUGGCACUAUUGAAUUUGCUGAAUUCUUGACCUUAAUGGCCAAAAAAAUGAAGGAGACUGAUGCAGAGGAAGAACUUAAAGAGGCUUUCAAAGUGUUUGACAAGGAUCAGAAUGGGUAUAUUUCAGCUAAUGAGCUGAGGCAUGUCAUGAUCAAUUUAGGGGAAAAGCUAACCGAUGAAGAGGUGGAGCAGAUGAUUAAGGAGGCUGAUUUGGAUGGUGAUGGCCAAGUUAAUUACGAUGAAUUUGUUAAAAUGAUGAUGACUGUGGAUUAAAAUUAAAAUUAAUUCGUUCAUUUUUCUACCAAAUUAAAGUGCUCCAAAAAAACAAUUAAGCGUUUGUAUUGUCUCUUCCCGUUUGUUGUUGUAUUAGGCAUGUCGAAAUUAUUUUGUCAAUGAUCAUAACGUAGAAUGACUUGAAUAUUCACCAUUUAAUUUCAUUCAAAUUGUGAAUUGCAUUCCUUCA